UUCAGUUCUUCAGAAUACAUAAACAUCAAGAUUUCAGUUCCAAACAAAACUUAUCAAAAUCUCAUAUACUGAUUCAGUUCUAUACAUAACCAUCGAGAUUUAUUAUCAAACCAAAAAUUCUCAAAAUCUCUUCACCUCUGUGAUGACCAUGGAAUACAGAACCUUAGAACUCAACAUCAUAUCCGCAAAGGACAUCAAGAACGUUAACCUCUUCUCCAAGAUGGACGUAUACGCCGUCGUUACGCUCUCCGGCGACCCUCUCCACCCUCAGGGCGCCACCACCCACGUCCACAAAGACGCCGGCAGCAACCCCACGUGGAACUACCCCGUGAAAUUCUCCGUCAACGAAUCGCUGGCCAAGGAGAAUCGUUUGUCUCUUGAGAUCAAGCUCGUCUCCGACCGCACCCUCGGCGACACCGUUAUCGGCACCGUCCAUGUUCCUCUCAGGGAACUCAUGGACAAUCCCGGCGACGACGGUUCCUUCCGCCAAGUCAGUUACCAGGUGAUGAAACAGUCAGGGAAAUCCAAGGGAUCCUUGAAUUUCUCCUACAAAGUAGGCGAACAUGUUCCUGCCCCGGCCCCUAAAGCACCCAAGACGGGACAAGAGCCAGUGAUGGCUUAUCCUCCGACCGGGGCGGGAUCCAGUUCGAUGCCUUAUGGAACACCAUAUCCUCCCCCGCCGCCGCCUGUGGCAGGAUCAGGAGGAUAUGGAUAUCCACCUCAGCAGGCGUAUGGUGGAUACCCACCCCAACAGGGAUAUGGGUACCCACCUCAGGCUGCUGGUUACGGAUAUCCACAACAUCAAUCAGGUUAUGGAUAUCCGCAACAGCCUGGAUAUGGGUACCCACCUCAGGCUCAGAAACCAAAGAAGAACAAAUUUGGAAUGGGAUUGGGAGCUGGAUUGCUUGGUGGUGCCUUGGGUGGCAUGUUGAUUGGAGAUAUGGUAUCUGAUGCUGCUGAUUAUGAUGCGGGCUAUGAUGCUGGCUUUGAUGAUGCUGGUGGAUUUGAUUUUUAAUUUUCAGUUUUUCAAUUAACCAUGUUCUUUUUUUUUUUUUAAUUUCUGGAUUUCAUUUUGCUUUUUUUUUUUUUCGGUGGUUGCGUAAUGAUGUUCUAUGAGAUUGUUUAUUAGUAUUUGUUUCAUAUACCUCAUUGCCUGACUCUGUAUUUAACUGGUAUGAUAUAAAGUAUAUAACAUACAGCUUGUGAUUUCCUUGCAA